AUGGAGUCGUACGAGGUUGAAGUUGGUGGGAAGGUGUACCCUGUGAAAUCCAUCGAGAACCUCAGUGGCCACUCGAUCAACCUCUACCAAAUACACGGCGGCAAAUCCGUACAGAUCGUCGCGAACAACGACCAGACAAAGAUGGAGGAGGGAGAAUACUUCGCCAUCGAGACUUUUGGGUUGACAGGGCGUGGACGUGUUGUUGAGAGUCGAGACUGCUCGCACUAUGCUAAGAUUGUUGAUGCGCCACACGUUCCGCUCCGGAAACGGCACUCACUUGUAAGUCGGGCUGGGGUGGGGUGA